AUGCAUUUGUCAAAGUUCAUAGAGCUGUAUACCCACAAGAGUGAAUUUCACCAUAUGCAAAUAAGGAAAAUAAAACAGCAACAGGUAGUAAUUGAGUGGAUUGUUCUAGAUUCCCAUCACAUGCUGCUGCAGUUGGUGAACAGAGAGCUGCUCGGAGGCCGCCUACAGGUGCAAUCCCGGCACUGCGGCCCGGGCGGCGGGCCGGGGAGGGCGUCCAAGCCCACCAGCGUCUCCGCUGGCCCUUCUGAAAGCCUGAACAGGGGCCCCGGCGUACCCGCCGCCUUCUACCCCCGCUUUUCCCGCGCCGCUCUCCCGGCGCGGUUUGGAAAGGAAGCUGAGAGCCCUCCCAGGCUCCGCAGACUCGGAUUUGGGAGGGGGGUGGGGCGCGGCGGAGGCUUUCCCUCGAAUCUGCGGCAAGCCUGGCUCCAGGAAAGUUUUUCAAAGUUCCCAGCAGCGUCUGCCCAGGUCGCCUCCGCGGGGCGAGCAGACGGCGGCAAGCGCGCCAGCCUCGCCGCCGCCUCUGCCGCCAGCAGAGCGCUCUGGGCGGCUCGCUCGCGGGAAGCGGGCCGAACUCCCGGCGGGCAAGCAGGCCCUCCUCCCGGGGCGAAAGCCGCAGCUGACGCAGGCGGCUCGGAAGGCGGAAGCUGCCCCGCUCCGACCGCUCAGCCAGCACCGCGGCGCCUACACCUGGGGCCCCGACGCUCGGGCAAAGGCGCCCGGCCCGGGACUCCCGAGGGGGCGGUCCCUGCUGCGGGCCUCCAGGAGUCCCUGAGUAACGAUCCUUUCCCUCCUGGCCCGAAGCUGCCGAGGGCGGGGGUCGGUGUGGGGCCCCUGGACCACUACUCCGCCCAGAGCGUCCCCAAGCCCCCGACCCUUAACAAGUUCCUCACCACACUACCCCUCCCCAGCAACGUGAAGGGAAGGGCGUGUCCUGGGUGGACACGCCCUCUCAUGAAUAUUAAUAAGCGCGCAUGCGCCCUCCCGGGCGUGCUGGUAGAGGUGGCCAGCCGCGGCCGCGGCUGCCAGACGGGCUCUCCGGGUCCCUCUCCGGGCGGGCACGCGUCAUUGUGUUACCUGCGGCCGGCCCGCGAGCUAGGCUGGGGUUUUUUUUCUUCCCUCCCUCCCCCGCUUUUCCAUGCAGCUGAUCUGAAAGGGAAUAAAAGGCUGCACAUAAUCAUAAUAAAAGAAGGGGAGCGCGAGAGGAGGAAAGAAAGCCGGGAGGUGAAAGAGGAGGGGGAGCGUCUCAAAGAAGCGAUCAGAAUAAUAAAAGGAGGCCGGGCUCUUUGCCUUCUGGAACGGGCCGCUCUUGAAAGGGCUUUUGAAAAGUGGUGUUGUUUUCCAGUCGUGCAUGCUCCAAUCGGCGGAGUAUAUUAG